AUGUGGGAAUGCAUGAAAAAAAUCUUGCUAAACUCCCUUUGUGUUAGCUUGUUGAGCAUCUGGAACUGGAUACAGAUCUUCUGGAGAAAAAAUGGUCUGUUGACUCUAUCAAUGCUUUCAGUGGUAACUGGAUGCCUCCUGGGAUUUUUGUUAAGGGCUUUGGAGCUAACAGAACUGGAGAAGCAGUAUUUUUCCUUUCCUGGAGAGCUUCUUAUGAGGUUGCUGAAAAUGCUGAUUCUUCCCCUCAUUACUUCCAGCCUGAUGUCAGGGCUGGCCACCAUGGACUCCAAUGCCUGCGGGAAGAUGGGGUUGAUCACACUCACCUAUUACCUUUGGACAACAUUCAUGGCUGUGACCGUUGGGAUUAUUCUCGUGACUAGCAUUCAUCCAGGUGCCGCUGCUCAAAAAGAAGAAUAUGCUGUCGCAAAAGCAGCAUUAAGUUCAGCUGAUGCUUUAUUGGACUUAAUCAGAAAUAUGUUUCCUUCCAACCUGAUUGAGGCUUCAUUCCAGCAGUAUCGAACAGUUCUCGUCCCCGUGGUGAAGACUUCGGGCUUUCCAAACAGCCCAGGGAAAUCUCUCAGUUUUGUUUACUUUGUGCCAGAUGGGGAAAAUCCUGAAAUCAACAGGCUCGUGCUUCUUGAGAUCACCCCAUCUCCUGAAAUGACCUACCAGACCCUGCCCGGUACCAGCAAUGAAAUGAAUGUCUUGGGGAUUGUUAUCUUCUCAGCUACAAUAGGUCUCCUUUUGGGGAAGAUGGGUGAGCGAGGCAUUCCAUUAGUCAAUGUGUGCCAGUGCCUCAAUGAAGCAGUGAUGAGGAUCGUCUCCAUGGCUGUUUGGUACUUUCCAUUUGGCAUUGUUUUUCUCAUUGCUGGAAAGAUCUUGGAGAUGGAAGAUCCAUCUGUGAUUGGAAAGAAAUUGGGACUGUAUGCCAUAACAGUGGUAUCAGGGCUAGUGAUCCAUGGACUUGUCCUCUUGCCUUUGCUUUUCAUAAUCGUUACCAGAAAAAAUCCCUUUGUUUUCAUCCGGGGGAUCCUGCAAGCCUUGCUGAUUGCCUUGGCUACGUCAUCCAGCUCAGCAACCCUCCCCAUCACCCUUAAGUGUCUUUUGGAAAACAAUGGGAUAGACAGAAGAGUGGCACGAUUUGUUCUUCCUGUCGGUGCAACCAUCAAUAUGGAUGGCACUGCCCUGUAUGAAGCUGUUGCUGCUAUCUUCAUUGCUCAGGUUAACGAUUACGACUUGGACUUGGGACAAAUUAUAACUAUAAGCAUAACAGCAACAGCAGCGAGCAUAGGUGCCGCAGGAAUCCCCCAAUCAGGACUCAUUACAAUGGUCAUUGUACUGACCUCUGUUGGCCUUCCAACUGAUGAAAUCACCCUGAUCAUUGCAGUAGACUGGGCUUUGGAUCGAUUUCGAACAGUGACCAAUGUCCUAGGUGAUGCAUUGGCUGCUGGUAUCAUAGCACACAUCUGCAGACAAGAUUUUGCACCAGAGAAACAAGAUCCAGUCAGCAACAUGGACAAGCUGUCUUCUGUAGAGGCUUCGCUUCUCUACCCCAGAGAUUAUGUGAUAGAAAUAACUGAAGAAACUUUGUCUGGAACAGGAAUUAUUUAUAGCAUCUGUCGGGUGUAACAGCUGCAUUGUUUCCACGUCCUAAAACGAAAGAAACACACUGAAUUUUAUAAGGGACUGGAAUAGCUCCUUGUAAAGCCAAUGGAAAAUCUCCCAUUAAUUUCAACAGGAGUCAGAUCAAAGCCCAAGAGACUGAAGAGUGAUCUGCAGGUGAUUUGGAGGUGUAUGGAAGACCUGUUCCUUUAUAUUAUCUAAAGGAAAGAGAGAAAAGUCCCUGGGAGAAAUAGCUGCUACUGAUUCCUCUUAGGAAAUACUUCAGAAGUUUUCCAGAAUUUAAAAUAAAGGAGAUACAUGUCAAAAACUACCAUUUUACAUACCAGACCCAAAAGUUCUGUUGUACUGAAGCAAAUAUGCAUACUUUUAAAAGUCAUAUUGUUUUUAUCUAUUCUUGGAAGAAAAAUAUCAACCGCAUGUUCCACAUUCCAAAUACAAAUGCAACCACGUGCUGUACAGCCACACAAAUAUUUUCUUUCAUUUUUUUGUAUUUAAACCAAAUGUAAAUGACAUCUUUGGCCUACAUGAUGACCGGAUCUGCAAAACAGUGGUAAGAAGCUGGAAGCAGGGCAAGAGGGACAUUAUGGACAUACAACAGCUACAAAAACCAGGCAACCAGAGAUGGUUAUUGUGUGCGCCAGCUGGGGACAGCUGAUUGAUUACCUAAUUUAAAUAAGCCUUUAGAGAGUCAAUGCAUGAACUGCUGUAACUUCAACAUGAUAUUAUCAAGUUUAUUCUUGCUCCCCCUUUCACCCUAAUGUUAUAUGCUCCAACAACAUGAUUAUCCAUGGUGAUAGCAUCAAGCUAUCCUACCACUCUCACUCUAUUUUUAUCCCACUACACAAUUCAAUAAGGCACAGCUGAAUGGAAACGUUAAGGCUUUUUUCCUGCCACCUAAGAUUAAGGCCAGGUACAGACAUUACACUUAUACCAGUAUAAGCGCAUCAGAAAGCAGUCUACUCCCAUUCCGUGCACAUAUAGACUGGUUUUAAAAUGGCAGCACCCAGUCUAAGAUGGAUCUGAAUCAAUGGGAUAUCAGACUUAAGCAAUUUAGGUUAGACUGUUUAUCAAAUUUCUGUACCAGAUCCCCUACCGACUCAAGUUAGGUCGCUGUCCUCUGGCAUCCCAGGUGCCUUUGUAGCCCCCUGCUCUCUCUCCUCCCAGGAAGGUGCACUGGAACUUGGGUGGUGUUUUGCUGCUCCAGCUGAGUACCGAGCUGGCUCUGCCCUUGAGACUAGCAGAAAAAACCUCUGUCCCCAGCCCUACCAGCUGUCAGGUGCAGCCAGGGGGGGUUGGAAAUGUUGGCCCCCAUGCUGGGCACCGGGGAACAAGUCCCCUCUUAUCCUGCUGACUAGGGCUGUGCGAGGCUUCAGACCGUGCUUCGGAUCCAGAGAAGCUUCGGAUGCUUCGGCGUCCAAAGCAGCAUGUCU